AUGGUUGGGAUACCCCCAGUGGAUGCGUUGGAGACAAUUCGAGACGGAUUGUUCAUUCGGUUUGCGGAAGUCGCUGCAGGAACACUAUUUGUCUACGACGUUCUUCUCAAUUUAGAUCUCGAGCUCAAGUACGUAUGGGCAGCCCUCGGCCUCAGUCUUCGACGACAACGGCCGAUCAAAAUAGCACCAACGAUGUUCAACAUAUUAUACCUUGUACAGAGGUAUCUACCGUUGUGGGAUCGGCUCAUUUUGGAUAUGUAUUACAUGCUGGGACCGUCCGAAGCGAACUCGUGUGAGACCACGUAUAAGAUGAGUGCAUGGAUUAUGAUUAUAGGGGUCGACCUUUCAGAAUGCAUCCUUGGAUUGCGGAUAUGGGCUGUUUGGCUGAAUAGCCCUUUUGUUCUGGUUAUGUUGGUCGCAUUAACGUUGUCGUGCGCGAUUCCUGCAAUAUUCUUCUUCGUGAGGUUUGUAAGAGGAAUUCAUUGUCAGUUUCUUUACGAGGAAUACUUUCUACAAAGCCACACUCAUGUCUCAGGAUAUGUUAGGUCCCGAAUUCUAUAUGCCCGGCACGGUACCACUUCAAGGAUGUUUUUGUUCGGUGGAUCGGAACAAGGACCUUUACCUGAUUUGGAGAGGCUAAAGGUUGUUACAGCCGGGUUCAUAAUGAUGGCUAUACCCGGAAUUAAAGCCUAUCGGAGGGGCGGCAGAUCGAACCUUGUGAAAGUUAUAUACCAGGAUGGGGCCAUAUACUACACGUCAAUGUUCUUGGUAUCGUUGAUCAACAUUGUGGUCAUCCUCCAUCUACCGGUGACUCGUUUACUCACCAAAGACUAUACUGUACAUCUAAUUUCUCUCCUCCAGGCUCAUCAGUCCACGUUAGCAGUGAUGGUCGCUCCACUUGAACGGGUCCUGCACUCUAUUAUCGCCAGCCAUAUAGUUCUUCACCUACGAAAAGUAGCUCCCCGGGGCUAUGUCCAGAAUUGGGACGCGAUCAACGGAAUCACAACGGAAGAACACACCAUACAAGAGCACACCGAGAUGUCGUUCGUUUCCAACGCGUUGCGAUCCGACAUUGAACUCCAAAACUAG